AUGGCAAAUGUGUAUCAAGUUGGUGAUUCUAAAGGAUGGACUUUCAACUACAAUUAUGAUACAUGGACUUUUUUUAAGAACUUUCAACUUGGCGAUACCCGUGUUUUCAACUACGACCCGCGGUUGCACAAUGUGAAACAAGUGAACAUCGACGACUACAACACAUGCAGCAAUAAAACUCUAAUUGCCAGUUUCAAUUCCGGCAGCGAUUCAGUCAUCCUCGCAACUCCAGGGGACUAUUAUUUCUUGUGUGAUAUUCCAGGUCAUUGUGCUUCUGGACUCAAACUUCACGUUAUAAUUGCAGCUCCAGCAACACCUCUAGUGACUCCAAUAGCCCCAACAAAGGGUUAUCCUGAUCAUUUUCCUAGUAAUCCCACAAACAAGCCACCUGAAACUUUGCAACCUUAUCAUCCCUCUGCAAAUACUGCUUAUUAUUCAUCCAAGUGGUUUCCAAUGAGCAUGUUAUUUUCGUUGAUUCUUGCUCUUUGUUUUUAA